AUGGGGACGACAAAGGAAGUAUGUGGGACAAUUAUUAAGGUUGUCGUGACGGUAACGAUGAUGUUUGGUGCCGAAGGGCUGGGUGAAAAUUUCUUUGGUUCAGACACAAACGGGGUUUAUAGUCCAUGCGAGGAUGCCAAAGUGCAGAGAGGGGAUGGUUUUACGUUUGGGAUUGCAUUUUCAGACAAAGAUUCGUUCUUUAUGAAUCAAGGAGGUCCUCAGCUUUCGCCUUGUGAUCGUCGUCUUGAUCUCUCCAACAAAGGUGCACAGCUCGCAUUGUUCAGACCAAUGGUGGAUGAGCUCUCCUUGCUCACCAUUAACACCACCACCAUUGACCCGGUCAAAUCUGGGGGAUAUAUGGUCGCCUUUGCUGGACAAAAAUAUGCAGCCAGGUCACCACCAAUCAAGUUUGCUGACCAAACUCACACAAUUACUAGUCUCACUCUGAUUCUUGAAUUUGGAGAGGGGAUUCUACAUAAUUUGUAUUGGAAAAGCUUCGGGUGCGGUAAAUGCUCAGGAGAAAACGUUUGCAUAAACAAUCAAGACUGCGCAGUGCCAAAUUCCAAGUGCCGCAACAAUGGUGGGACUGGGUGCAACAUAGGCAUACAGCUCGCAUUCUCAGGGACAGACAAGAGCCUCAAUGUUCUCAAUUCCUGGUACGAGGUUGAACAGCUACGGCAGUACUCUCUCUAUGGCCUUUUCUCUGAUCUUAAGAAUUCCAUUAUUACACCCUAUAAGGAGUUCUUGUAACUCUUAUUUUGUGCACCUCAAUAAGUUAGAAAGUCUCUGUUUCAA